CGGGACGAGUACAUCCGUAUUGCCAAGCAACAGACAUGGAUCAAGCGGAUGCUCCGAAUGAUGCCGAGCUAUGUCUUCAGCUGCUUCAAUGUCCCGGCGUUUGAAGCCUAUGCGAUGUGCAUCCAGCUCUUGAAGCGCUGGCGCCAUAUCGGCAUUAUCAUCCUUCAGGAUGAUCAUAAGGGUCUCGUGAUGCGGUGCAAGAUCCCAGACGUACCUCACAUGUGUGUCAAGGCUUGCGAGAUCGUUGUCGAGAUCCGCGUGGCCCAGGGAAAUCGCCGUGUGGGCACAUGCGUCGCUCGAUUCACCCUGGAGAAAGGAUCGCAGAGUUCUUUCCACUUCCUACACGACAACAUGGAAAAGAUUUUCGAGGCGUCCAUCAACAAGAAGCCCCACGAGGUCACCCGGAUGUUGAGGGUGUUCAUCUGAGCAUUCAUCCUUACUCUUUUUACUAAUUUUGCUUUACUUGUCAAUACGGAUUUCGGAAAACAAAAAAAAACGAAAGAAAAAAAAACAAAAAAACGAAAAUCCU